CGGCCGCGGGGGAAGGACACCGAAACGCGAACUUGAGAUUCGUCACCCGUUGAAAAGUAUCGUGAUACAGAAGUGGGUUCCUGCUUGCAGAUAGCCGGCGGGAGAGUACAGAAAAAGGAAAGCGAAGGGGGAAAAUACAAGAAAACGCUGAUAGUAAGAAGGGACACGUCAGGGAGAGUCGAUAUGAAAGCCACAUUCCCGACCAGCAACUGAACUGAGCUGGGAGGAGUGGCAAGCUGGCAGACUUUCCAGGGCGUAUUAUGCAGCCACUUGUGUAACCCCCAGACACAUUGACACUGGUACUGCACACAAUGUCCCUGCGUCUUGGUCUAGCCUGGGCAUCGCGGGGAACAUGCGUGGCCCUGUUAGCCCAGAGAGGAACUCCUGCCAGCGUGGUGGGCCUGAAGGGGGCGCGGCUAGCCUCUUCCAGCACCUGCCCAGACCACCACUAUGACCUGGUGAUUUCUGGCGGCGGCCUGGUAGGCUUUGCCAUGGCCUGUUCACUCGGACACAGCCAAAGGUUGAGUGACCGAAAAAUACUUUUGCUGGAGGGAGCUCCAAACAAACCAUGGCAACUGCCGGAACUGUUCAGCAAUCGGGUGUGUGCCCUCAAUGCUCGCACCCGCACCUUCUUCAGGAAGCUUGGAGUGUGGGAGCACAUUGAACACCUGAGGGCCCAGCCUGUGCGCCGGAUGCAGGUGUGGGAGUCAUGUUCAGAAGCCAUGAUCACCUUUGAUGGUCAGGAGCAGGAUGACGGCACAAUAGCUCACAUUGUGGAGAAUGAUGUCACUCUGCACUCCAUCAAGAGGCAAAUCCCAGAACAUGUUGAGGUUGAGUAUGAAGCAAAAGUGGAGAGUUACCAAAUUCCUAAGGACACGGCUUCUAAAGUAGUGCUGACCUUGGCUGAUGGCAGGACCAUUUCCACAGACCUAUUAAUUGGAGCAGAUGGAGCCAAGUCUUUGGUGCGAAGAAGCAUGGGUGUGCAGUACUUGGGCUGGGAGUAUGAUCAAAUGGGCAUUGUGGCAACUUUGCAACUAUCGGAAGCUGUUGACAACACAGUGGCUUGGCAAAGGUUUCUUCCAACUGGUCCUGUUGCUCUGCUGCCGCUGUCUGAUGACCACAGCUCCCUGGUGUGGUCCACUACACGAGAGCAGGCCACUCAGCUGCUGGGACUCCCAGAUGAAGACUUCACAGAAGCUCUCAAUCGAGCAAUAUGGGAUGACAGUGAAGCAGACUCAGGAGUGAAGUCCAUACAUGAAGCAUGGCUGAGGGUGCUGGAGACUGUGGUGCCUGGUGAGAGUGCUGAAAUAAGGCAGCUGCCCCCCAGCAUUGCACAGGUGCUGCCAGGCACUCGAGGAGGCUUCCCACUGGGGCUGGGCCAUGCAGUGCAUUACGUCAGCCCCAGAGUAGCACUUAUUGGGGAUGCAGCUCACCGGGUGCACCCCCUGGCAGGUCAAGGAGUCAACCUAGGCUUUGGUGACGUGGCUGCUCUCACUCGUUGCCUGGAAAACUCUGUUCUUCUUGGUGCUCAACUCGGAGAUGAGCAGGCGUUAUACCAAUAUGAGAAGGAGCGGCAGAAAUACAAUGUGGCAACAAUGGCAUCUAUUGAUGGGUUGUAUCGCCUGUACAACUCUGCAUCUCCCCCUCUGGUCCUUCUCAGGUCACUUGGUCUUUCUGCUGUAAAUGCUAUGUCACCCUUGAAGAGACAAAUCAUAUUACAUGCAGAGAGUUAGAGUUUAUGUAUUCUUCAUGUAAAUAAAGUAUUGUGAAAUUAAAGGUUGAAUAAUA